AUGGCCUCGUGCACCGUUGCCACGUUGUGGCGUUUUAGCAUCUUCUUUCGACUGCAUGACUAUCUCCUGUGCCUGAUCUGCGGCUUCGUUGCGUUUGGCUUGAGCGAGGUGCGCCCUCACUGCCGGCCGUUUUCGUGGACCGAUCCAAGUAUCAGCUUUCCAUUCGCUGAUGCCAGUACGUUCCCAUCAUGGACGUUGCCCAUCAUCUCCAUCUUGCCAGUCUUCGUCUACGUCCUGGGUGAGGUGGCGCGCCAUUUGUGGCUGGGACGCCGGCGCGGCGCUAUCAUGGCCCACGAACUGUGCAAAGAGCCAAAAAGGCUUGAUAGGGAAGGUCAGCGUGAUGGUGGUGGUGGUGCAGCGCAGAAUGCUGGUGAGGGGCAGAGCUGCUACGACGCCGGGGUGUCCGUGACGUUUUCGUCAGAGUCGGUGGAGUCUAGACUGCUGAUGAACAGAGAAGAAGAAAUCGAGGCUCUGGUGAGCCGUGCGCUGCCGCCCUCUGAUGUGGAGACGCGGGAGGCGCAGGUCGGCUCACCAACGGUGUCCACUGCACUUCCAAAUCGUCAACCGGGGUCAUUGAGGACACCCUUCGCCAACACAUACCAUGAGCACACCGGCAGCCGUGAAUCCGCGGCAGUCGCUGAUGCUUUGCCUUCUCGCGCGACAGCCAGUGCGCCCUGCAGGCAGAAGGCGCACACUUACGCUCUGGUGCAUCCGUGGCAGCGUUUUCUCCUCCACGUACACAUUUGGUUUCUGACACAGGCUUUCUCAGUCGUCUUCGCCUUGAUGGUGGUGAGCGCGAUAAAGGUCUACGCCGGUCGACUGCGGCCCGACUUCCUUUCCCGCCUCCGUAAUGAGGGCUACAGCCCCCAGAGCACCGGCGUCGACUGGUGCGCGGUGCCCAAAGAAGGGCGUGUCUCGUUUCCAUCUGGGCACAGCAGCAUCAGCUUUUCCGCUAUCGUUCCAUUUUGCUUUUACGUGCUGCACUCGCUGCGGGCGUUCCGCCGCAGUGGUGUCUCGCUGUGGCGCAUCUUCACGGGUCUUCUUCCGCUUAUACUCCCUAUCGCCGUGGCAGUCUCACGGACUCGUGACAACCGUCACUACUUCGACGACAUUGUCGCCGGCAGUGCGAUUGGCAUCGUCAGCGCAGUGAUCGCUGUGGGUGCUACAAUGGUCGCGGAUGCUCGCACGGGACACCUGGUGCCUCGGCUUGUGCACCGUUACAGCUCCGGCGCACGUGCGCACACUGGUGGGCAGCAGGGACAAGACCGAUGA